AUGGACGUGGACAUGGACGUGGACAUGGACGUGGACGUGGACGUGGACAUGGACGUGGACGUGGACGUGGACAUGGACAUGGACAUGGACGUGGACAUGGACGUGGACGUGGUCAUGGACGUGGACUUGGACGUGGACGUGGAGGUGGACGUGGACAUGGACGUGGAAGUGGACGUGGACGUGGACGUAGACGUGGACGUGGACAUGGACGUGGACAUGGACGUGGACGUGGACAUGGACGUGGACAUGGACGUGGACGUGGACGUGGACGUGGACGUGGACGUGGACAUGAAAGUGGACGUGGACGUGGACGUGGACGUGGACAUUGACGUGGACAUGGACGUGGACAUGGACGUGGAAGUGGACGUGUACGUGGACGUGGACGUGGACAUGGACAUGGACGUGGACGUGGACAUGGACAUGGACGUGGACGUGGACGUGGAGGACUUGGACUUGGACAUGGACAUGGACGUGGACUUGGACGUGGACGUGGAGGUGGACGUGGAUAUGAACGUGGACGUGGACGUGGACGUGGACGUGGACGUGGACAUGGACGUGGACAUGGACUGGACGUGGACGUGGACGUGGACGUGGACCUGGACGUGGACAUGGACGUGGACAUGGACGUGGACGUGGACGUGGACAUGGACGUGGACGUGGACGUGGACAUGGACAUGGACGUGGACAUGGACGUGGACGUGGACAUGGACGUGGACUUGGAGGUGGACGUGGAGGUGGACGUGGACAUGGACGUGGACGUGGACGUGGACGUGGACGUGGACAUGGACGUGGACAUGGACGUGGACGUGGACAUGGACGUGGACAUGGAAGUGGACGUGGAUGUGGACGUGGACGUGGACAUGA